AUGUCGGGACUCAUGAGCAAUCUUGACAUCAUGAAGGAGGCAGAUGCCUUUCCUUACGAAGACAAGGAACCAGAAGCAUUCAAAGCUCUCAACGAGACUUUGUACACGUUAGUAUGGCAGGACGGUCAACCGCUAGGUUACAUGCUCGAGUCUGUGCUCAAGCAGCUCCUGGACACGCCCGAGGAGGUCCGGGGUCCUGUCAUCGUAGACGAGGCUAAGCGGACGGUACGUGCGUUCGAACUGCCUACCAACGAGGAAAGAUCGGCACGUGUGGCAGGCUUGAUGAAGUACUGGCGGGAGAACGAGACAUUCGACAUAUUACGCGGCUGGCGGGACGAGCCGUGGCCUGUCUACGGAAGUGACAACAAGCAGGUUUUAUACAGCGUUGAACGUAGUGGCACGGGAUUACUCGGGAUCAUGCGUUACGGAGUACACAUGACGGGCUACGUCAAAGAUGAGACGGCGAGCCACGGGAUGAAGAUUUUGGUAGCCCAAAGAGCCGCAACAAAGUCUACGUACCCCAACAUGUUGGAUAAUUCGGUAGCAGGUGGUCUCAUGACAGACGAGAAUCCCUUCGAAUGCAUAAUUCGUGAGGCAGAUGAGGAGGCAGACAUCCCCGAGGAGCUCAUGCGAGAGCGAGCCAAGUUCACAGGAAUGGACACGUAUAUCUAUAUCACAGAUGAGCGGGCAGGCGGCGAGGCCGGUCAGAUAUACCCCGAGACACAAUGGGUGUACGACAUCGAGCUUCCGGCAAAUUUUAUUCCUUCACCCAAGGAUGGCGAGGUCGCGGGCUUCUGGCUAUGGACUGUGGACGAAGUGCGAGAGAAGCUCGCCCAAGGUCAGUUCAAACCUAACUGCGCCCUAAUACUGGUCGAUUUCUUCAUCCGCCAUAACAUCAUAACGCGGGAGAACGAGCCCGACUAUGACGAGAUCAUCCGACGGCUGCAUCGAAAACUGCCUUUCCCAGGUCCCCACCAAGACGGCCAGCCAACAACAAUAUUAUAA